AUGCCGAAAGUAUUCAGACCAUCGAUAAAACAAGCCAAGACACAUGUUUCUAAUAGAAAUGAAGUUGAAACCCAAGAAAUCAGACCUAAUCAAGUGUUCGACUCCAAUCCGUCGAAGGAGUCAUCACCCUGCACUAUUACUACUGAACCAAGGCCAAGUUCACCACUUCCUUCACAGAAUCCGUGUGAAGCUCCUAAAACAGCUACUCAGAGAUUGACCGACCUUGACCUAGAUGUCCAUGUUAAUCCUGAAAGACCUCAAGUAUCCAAGGAAAUAGUAGACCUAUUUGUUUCUAAAAAACCUCGCAAAACGAAAGUAAAGAUAACAGAAGUACUACCGCCUGUAGAUCAACCUCUUGAUCGAGCUUCUGUCACUCUUCGCUCUUUACUGCAUUGGGUCCCUACAAAUAAACCACCUCCAACUUAUCGACAGGAGCGCCUUAACUCCACUACUUGUUCACUAAGUGGGGACGUGGAAGCAAGUGAUAAUGACCCCAAGUCAAAUGACAAUAAUACUGAAACUCCUGAUUUGAAGGAAAACUCCUCAAAAUGUCCAUCCAGUGAUGUUUAUUCAGACCCAUUAGCUCCUCAACUACGAAUCGAUGCUAACGGAAAUAUUGUGUUGGAUGAAACCAGUUUAUUAGUUGAAAAACGAGAGAAUUUCGAUGCAAAAACUUUACGCCAUAUUAGUGAAGAAACUGGCAUACUCAGUGUUGACUAUAGGAGUUUCCGACCUCCUCGUGAUGGUCAUGGAAGGAAAUGGACAGAGCGUGAGACUACACGAUUCUACAGAGCAUUGAGUACUAUUGGAACUGAUUUUUACGUGAUGGAAAAAAUGUUCCCUCGCCGGAAGCGAUCAGAACUUGUUAGCAAAUUUAAACGAGAAGAAAAACGCAACCCUUAUUUAGUCAACCAAGCAUUACGAAACCGUCGUACUUACGAUCUUAUUAAUCUGUUUCCGUCAAGUGAUGAAGAAGAAAAUGUGAAAUCGGAUAAAUCUUCAAAAAGUAAUCAGAAAAAAUCUAAAUGUGUUCAAGACUCAAUCGAAUGUAACGAACAGUCAUGUAAUCAAAAUCUUGAUGCAACAAGUAGACCAAAAUCACGAAGAAAAAGCCUGCUUCGUAGAGAUCCAGAUUUUGAGCGGCACCUUUCAGAAACAAUCGACUGUGUUCUAUCUCAAUUUACGAAUCCCGAUGCCGGCGACCACAAUUGCCAGUCGACUGAACAUACUGGGAGUGACCAACAGUUUAAACGAAAUACUAAUCACCGGUAUGAGUUUAGGCGUUCCUCGCGCAGUAUACCAUCUUUACAAAAAAUGAUCUCAAUAAAGGAAGCAGAGCUUGCUGCGUCUGAAAAAAAUAACCUUGAGACUGUUAUGGAUUCUCCUCAAAUUUCUACAACUUCAGCAAGCAACCCUGUAGAUACCUUAAUAGAAAAUGUUCCUGAACGUCCCAAGUCCUACUAUCGCCCGAAAAUCGAUCUUUUUAAACUCAGUGAAACUAUUUUGGGUGAAUCAUAA